AUGGUACAGCUGGUGGGGUCCCUUCGUAAAGAGCUUGCCGAUUCGGUGUCGUCCUGCAAAGUGCUGGUGGUCGGCGCCGGGGGCAUCGGAUGCGAGCUGCUCAAAAAUCUCGUCCUCACCGGCUUCAAAAACAUUGAAGUGAUCGACCUGGACACCAUUGAUGUCAGCAACCUGAACAGACAGUUCCUCUUCCAGAAAAAACACGUGGGGAAGUCUAAAGCUCAGGUUGCUAAGGAGAGUGUACUGCACUUCUGUCCUGAUGCGAACAUCACGUCCUACCAUGACAGCAUCAUGAACCCUGAUUACAAUGUGGAGUUCUUCAGGAAUUUCACACUGGUCAUGAACGCCCUGGACAAUCGAGCGGCCCGUAACCAUGUGAACAGGAUGUGCCUGGCGGCAGACAUCCCGCUGAUAGAGAGCGGCACGGCAGGGUACCUGGGCCAGGUGACGGUCAUCAAGAAGGGUCUCACCGAAUGCUACGAGUGCCAGCCGAAGCCCACCCAGAAAACCUUCCCAGGAUGCACCAUUCGCAACACCCCCUCCGAGCCCAUCCACUGCAUCGUGUGGGCCAAAUACCUCUAUAAUCAGCUCUUUGGAGAGGAGGACGCUGACCAGGAGGUUUCCCCGGACACUGCCGACCCCGAGGCCUCCUGGGACCCUGCACAAAGUGCCGCAAGAGCAGAAGCGUCCAACCAGGAUGGAGACAUCAAGCGCGUGUCCACCAAGGAGUGGGCCCGCUCCACCGGCUAUGACCCCAUCAAGAUCUUUAACAAGCUCUUCAAAGAUGACAUCAUGUAUCUGCUGACGAUGGACAAGCUGUGGAAGAAGCGUAAGGCCCCACAGCCGCUGAACUGGGCCAACGUGCAGCAGAUGGCGUGCUCCCAGGAGGAGGCGUCGGGGCCCGGCCUGCGGGACCAGCAGGUCCUGAGUGUCAGGGGCCACUCCCAGCUCUUCUCCAGCAGCGUGGAGACUCUGCGUGCUCAGCUGGCCGAAAAGGGCGAGGGGGCCCAGCUGGUGUGGGACAAGGACGACCCCCCAGCAAUGGAUUUUGUGACUGCGGCGGCCAACCUGCGUAUGCACGUCUUCAGCAUGAACAUGAAGAGCCGCUUUGACGUUAAGUCUAUGGCAGGGAACAUUAUCCCAGCUAUUGCCACUACCAACGCCGUCAUCGCUGGCCUCAUCGUGUUGGAGGCGCUGAAGAUCCUAUCUGGCGAGCUGGAGCAGUGCCGCACGGUGUUCCUGAACAAGCAGCCCAAUCCCAGGAAGAAGCUCCUGGUUCCUUGUGCCCUGGACCCACCCAACGCCAACUGCUACGUCUGUGCCAGCAAGCCGGAGGUCACAGUGCGGCUCAACGUGAGCAAGACCCUGGUGCUCAGCCUGCAGGAUAAGAUAUUGAAAGAGAAGUUCGGCAUGGUGGCACCAGACGUUCAGAUCGAGGAUGGAAAGGGAACCAUCCUUAUCUCCUCCGAGGAGGGGGAAACUGAGGGAAAUAACAGCAGGUGCCUAUCCGAGUUUGGCAUCCGUAAUGGGAGCCGGCUGCAAGCGGAUGACUUUCUGCAGGACUACACACUCCUGGUUAACGUACUGCACUGUGAGGACCUGGAGAAGGAUGUGGAGUUUGAGGUGGUGGGUGAUGCUCCAGAAAAAGCACCUGCACCCAGCGCCCCUGAGGAGGCCAAGAACAUUGCUAAUGGCAACCAGGACUCAGCCCUGCCUUCCACUUCUUCUAAGGCCCCCGCCGAGCAGGAUGACGUGCUCAUCGUGGAUUCGGAUGAAGAGCCAUCUUCAAGUGCCACGGAUGUUGCUGCAGAGCCUGGAGGACACAAGAGGAAGCUGCAAGACGCGGAGACUGGGGAGGGCAGGUCGAAGAGGAAGCGGCUGGAGGAGCCCGCCACCUCCGCUGAUGACGACAUUAUCGCGCUGGACUAGUGAAGUCUGGCCCCUCCCCCUGCUGGGUGGGGCUCAUCCAUUGCUGUUUUCAUACUCCUCCUGCCGAAUGUCUGUAAAUAUAUGUGUACAAAAAAAAAAAAACUGUUAAAAGCUUCAGGCUUGUGUUUGUUGGGUUUUCAAUAGUGUCAGGGAAAAGGACCACAGAGGGCGCCAUUUCAGAAGGAAAAAUUUCAGAAAUUUUCUGAAAUUUCAGAGGCCUUUGUAGGCUUACUUACACUCAACUUUGUGUUUCACCAGAAGUACACAGAAAGAACACAGACUUGACUGCAACUCGGCCUGUAUUUUUAUUAGACACUUGCCUACAAGUUCUUCUGAUUGGUAUUUUUAAAUGGUUAUUUGGAUCCAGUGUCUGAAAUGUUUCUUAAACCAGACACGUCCUCCACAUCUCUCAAUGUGAACAGGUUCUCAAUUUGCUUGUCCAGUUGUGAAAGUGACAUUUUGCAGACUUUUUUUUUUUUCCUCUUUUUUUUUUGAUUGAUGACUGAUAAGUAUGUAUUUGGAUACAGUUUGAGCAAAUUGUGAGCAUAUGUAGUUGGUAUUAUUUAUACUUUUAUAGAUCUGUUUAGGCACAUCCAUACUGUACGUUAUUUGGACCAAAUACGACUGAAUAAAAGCUCCGAGGCUCAACGGACAUAACUGAUGUAUUA